AUGGCUGCCACAGUGCUGGGAAAGCGUUCUCGACGAGCUCUGGAUGAACAAGAUCUCCCGGAAACACUUCCCACCCCGAAGAGACGGACGCGAAGCUCUGCACCUGAGAUAUACCAAGAUGCAGCUGAGAACAAUGAAUUGGGGAAACUGAAUGCCCGUCCUGUUGGAGUUCGUAACGGACGAAAGAACAAUACUGUACGAGACAGUCCCGUAAAGAACCAAACGAGCACAACCAAAGCCAUUGAAGAUUCCAACUUCCCAACGGACGAAAAUCAGCCACCCUCAAUUGUGUCGACUCCCACCACCAUUCGCUUCAAGGAUGUCCUUGCUUUAUCUGAACCCAGCACACCGAAGCACCGCGUUCGACUUGCAGGCAGACUUCUUACGCCUCAGUCGUCACGUUCGUCCACACCAGCAAGGUCAAAAAACGUAUACUCGCGUGCUCGACAGCUAUUCGUCCAGGCCGGCAACGGGAAGAUCGUCGGCCGGGAGGCUGAACGGCGCCAAUUGACCAAGUUCAUCUCCAAAGCCAUCGACACUCGAGUUGGAGGCUGCACAUAUGUCAGUGGACCACCUGGCACGGGCAAGAGUGCCUUGGUCCAGGAGAUCUUGCAAGGAUUUCAGGGGGGGCCUGUCACGACCACCAUAAUCAAUUGCGUCUCUUUAAAGUCUUCCGCCGAAGUCCUCGCCCAACUGAGCGAAGCCUUUUGCCCUGGCAAGGGCAGCUCCAAAGCAUCCAAAGCAGCCCUGGCGAAAUUGUUCACGACGAAAAGGGCCAAUCCCGAAAUGCGUGUCGUUCUACUUGAUGAGAUCGACACGCUCCUUGGAGGGGACUGCGAGGUGUUGUACAGCAUUUUUGAAUGGGCCAUGCAUCCGUCGUCCAGUCUCAUCUUGAUUGGAAUCGCCAAUGCUCUGGAUCUGACUGAUCGCUUCCUGCCCCGUCUGAAGUCGAGGAAUGUCAAGCCCCAACUGCUACCUUUCCUUCCAUAUUCGGCCCAACAGAUCUCCACCAUCAUCUCAGACAAGCUACGAUCUCUCAUGGCCGAUACGACCACGGCCGGCGCCGACUUUGUUCCUUUGAUGCAUCCAGCGGCGAUUCAGUUAGCAGGCAAAAAGAUAUCCCAGACGGGUGAUCUACGGAAAGCCUUCAGCCUGGUUCGUCGCGCUCUCGACCAGGUUGAGCAAGAAACACUCUUGAAGAUGAGCCAAGACCAAAGUGUCACUCCCACCAAGCAACCACUCCAGGAAAUCUCGAACGUGUCCCUCGGCCAGGCUGUUCCAUCGCCCGGCAAGAUGGACCAUCGAUCAGUGCUCAAUCAUCUUACCUGGGAGACAGCGCCUCGAGUGUCUAUUGCACAUGUGGCCAAGAUCGCUGCGACUAUCUUCAACAAUGGUACACUUUCACGCUUGGGCGGCUUGAAUCUCCAGCAAAAAGCAGUGCUGUGCUCAUUGGUGGCUGCCGAAGCCCGUCGACACCGCCGCGAUCCGUACACCACGCCGUCCAAAUCAAUCUCGAGGCUACCUACAAUAAAGAAUUUGUUUGAAAAAUAUGCUCAGCUGUGCAAACGCGAUGACGGGCUGUUGCAACCCCUCAAAAACACCGAGUUUCGAGACGUUGUUGCCAGCCUCGAAACCUUGGGGUUAGUGCAAGAGGCAUCUGGACGCACGUCGGGCAUACUGACACCCACGAACACGCCGUCUCGAAGUGGACGAGCGACGGAUGAUAAACAGGUGGUCAGCGCCGUGUCUGAGAGGGAGAUGCGGGACAGCCUGACAGGGCCGGGCUCUGAUUUGCUGUUGAGGCUCCUCGAAGAAUAA